GCAUCCUGGGAGUGCGCACUUCCUCCUCCUCGGGGGCUGCAGAAACCACAGGGCGCAGGGCUAGGUCAGCCGUCCCCGGGGAGCCGGUAGGAUGGCAGAGGGCAAGGCGGGUGGAGCUGCAGGCCUCUUCGCCAAGCAGGUGCAGAAGAAGUUCAGCAGGGCCCAGGAGAAGGUACUGCAAAAAUUGGGGAAAACUGUAGAAACAAAAGAUGAACGAUUUGAACAAAGUGCUGGCAACUUCUACCAACAACAGGCAGAAGGCCACAAGCUCUACAAGGACUUGAAGAGCUUCCUUAGUGCAGUCAAAGUGAUGCACGAAAGUUCAAAGAGAGUGUCGGAGACACUGCAGGAGAUCUACAGCAGCGAAUGGGACGGGCAUGAGGACCUGAAGGCCAUCGCAGGGAAUAAUGAUCUCCUUUGGGAAGACUAUGAAGAGAAACUUGCUGACCAGGCUUUGAGGACUAUGGAAAACUAUGUAGCUCAGUUCAGCGAGAUUAAGGAGAGAAUUGCCAAGCGGGGUCGGAAACUUGUGGACUAUGACAGUGCCCGACACCACCUGGAGGCGGUGCAGAACGCUAAGAAGAAAGAUGAGGCCAAGAUUGCCAAGGCAGAGGAAGAGUUCAACAAAGCCCAGCUAGUAUUUGAAGAUCUGAACCAGGAGCUGUUGGAGGAACUGCCUGUUCUUUACAAUAGUCGUAUUGGUUGUUACGUCACCGUCUUCCAAAAUAUUUCCAACUUGAGAGAUGUCUUCUACAGAGAGAUGAGCAAGCUGAACCAUAGUCUCUACGAGGUGAUGAGUAAACUGGAGAAGCAGCAUUCCAACAAAGUCUUUGUGGUGAAGGGAAUGCAAAGCAGCAGCAGGCGCUCUUUAGUCAUCUCUUCCCCAGUUCGAACAUCCACCAUCUCCAGCUCUGUUAGCUCACCUACCAGUCCCUCUGCACUUUCCUCGAUGAGUGAGAGUGAAACAACUGAGGAAGAGCUGACACCUGAUGCAGGCAAGGGAGAAGACCACUCUGAGAUUCAAGAAGAGUCCUUGAAAGAUGAGGGAAUGGAAGAGGAAGGGUCUGAAGCAAGCUCCUCUGAGGAGGAAGAACCUCUGCCUGCCUGCAAUGGCCCAGCCCAGUCCCAGCCCUCUCCCACCCAGGGUAACAAGUCGCAGGAGGAAAUUUUGCCUUGCUCACCAGCUCCAUCACCAGAUGGAGCUCUGACCCCUUCAGAGCAGUCUUCCCCUCUCCCAGAAGUAACCCUGCGAACCCGUGCCUCAAGCGAGGGAUCUGAACAACCAAAGAGAGCCUCUAUCCAGAGGACUUCAGUGUCCCCUAGUAGACCCCCUCCUCCCAAAGCCCCUCCAAGCCCUAAGGCUGUCUUGGGGACUGGGACUCCAAGUCCUAGAGCUUCCUUAGAGGCCUCUUCUAAUCCAGAACCACCAGAAAAGCCACUGAGGUCUCCUGAGGUAAGAGAAAAGGAAGACACCCCUGAACAGAACCCGGAAGAACUUUGCACUUCCCCCAGCGUGCAUACUUCUCAGGAUUUUUCAGAGCCUGGAGGUUCAAAAGAGGUGGCAGAUGAGGAGAACAAGGAGCUUAUCUCAGCUAACCCUCCUGAGGGCCACAGCGAUCAGCUUCACGUUUCUGUAGUUCCAGGACAAAAUGACAUCAUAACACCUGAGCCUCAAGAAGAGGUUUCCACAAAUGAAGAUGCACGAUUCUGAAGAGAAACUGCCAAGGCCACCCCUACACACAUUUCCUCAGAGAAGCUUCACAGCCAGAGGGGUUAGAGGGUUCAGAAUCAGCAUUCCCUCUGGGCUGCUCAGAGGGCAGGAAUGCUAAGACUUGGCAUUAAUGGCAGCUGGGGAGCAGCCUUAUGGGAGGGACAGAGGGAGGCUGGCUUGGAGACAGAACUGUUAGACUCAGGGAAUAUUUUAAUUCAGGUUUUAGUAUUAUCAGAAAAGUGAGACUUUAUGUAACAAGAUGAGCUGUAAUGACUAUAAAAAGCAAAAGUUCCUAUAAACACAAACACUUGUCCACAAAGAUACAAAACCACACAUACUCAGAAGAUUGUGAACAAACAUGCUUUUGACUUAGCCAUUUAUUUUGCAAGACUUAAAUUCAAAAGAAUAUAUUUUCAGGUUGUUAAAUAAAGUAUGGUUUUCACUA